AUGUUUUCACCGUCACAUCGAUUUAAAUUUUUCCUAUUAGUCUUAUUGCCAAUUCAUACAACUUCAACUUCCUUCCAAAUUAAGGAUAUUAUCGAAAGAACAUCAAAAGAAAAAGAUGUAUCAACAAUUGCCUUCUUUGGGCGCAUCUAUGAAUUGGAAUUAGUUUUACUCGACGCAGCAGACACAAAUAUUCCAAGGAUGGUUUUCACUGAGUCGUAUGGUGAACUUUAUUUUGCUGGCGACUUUAAUAAGCAUAUCCUUGUGGUUGCCUGUAUCAACCUUUGGCACAAGUCUAUGUUGAAUAGAAUAGAUAUUGCCUUUCAUGGUAUUCAUGCGGCUUCGAGGAGUGUAUUUUUAGUUCCUGGCGAGAGAUAUAAGAAUUUACAAUAUCUUUGGAGGCAUUUUGAAUGGUGCUGGGCAAGUGGCUUUGUUAACGUUGUUGUGGUUUUUUUGGUUACAAAUGAAACAUUUUCCUAUACAAGAUUUCCACAAAUGAAGAUUUUUCGUGGAACACUUGAGGACGAACUGUUUCCUGAUCGAUUUAAUGAUUUAAUGGGAUAUCCAAUUAGAAGUCCUUUGCAGUAUGAUCCACCAAGAGUUUACACUUAUAUAGACUUAUGGGGUCAUCAUGUGAUAACAGGAUAUUGUGCAGAACUAUUUUUAGCAUUUUUGGACCGAUACAAUGCAACUAUGGAAGAAGUGCGAAUCAAUAACUCUACAGAUUACAACAUGCCGGGGAUAGUGCACCUCAUUAAUCGAGGAAAGAUUGAUAUUAGCAUUCACACUUAUAUGGGAAUUGGGGGAGUACGUUCAAGCUAUCCUGUACGAAUGAUGCAAUGGUGUAUUCUGGUUCCUAGUCAAGGUGAAAUCAAGGCGUAUUGGUACUUUAUAAGACCGUUUCAAUUCCAUUUGUGGUUAAGUUGUUUGGCAGCAUUGAUUGGAAUUUCAUGCUGCGUUGUUUUGGAAGAAAGAUUGCGAGGAAGUCAUUAUGAUUUUGGAAGAUCAUGUUGUAAUAUAUUUCGAUUUAUGCUUUGUCUGCCAACUUGUGAUUCUAGACCGUUUGCAUUUCGUCGAGGCUUUAGACAAAUUUUAAUUUUUAUGCUUGGCUUUAUGCUAACUAAUCUCUAUCUGGCUUACUUGACAAGUUUCUUAGCUAAAAUCAUCUUAAAGCCACAAAUUGAAACCCUUGCUGAGCUGGUUCAAAAAAACAUAAGCAUUUUAACAUUGGAUUUUGAAAUUCCAAUCCUUCUUAAGAACAUGGGCCUGCCCAAAGGAUUUGAUCGACUUUUAACCCCGAUUUCAGCGGCUGAAGUAUCUCGACCAGAACAUUUGAUAAAUAAUAAAAGUCUAGCUUACACUGUUACCGAUGAUAAGGCUUUGUUUGUGUUAAUGCAACAAAUACAUUUGAAACAACCGCUGUACACAAUUGUCGAUGAGUGUGUAUCAACUAUUCCGAUUGGAUUUUUGCUGGCCAAACAAUCACCAUUUGAAAUUAUUUUGAAUCGUUUUAUUUUGAGUGUUAGUCAAGCUGGAUUGAUAUACAAAUGGUUUAAUGAUAUGUAUUCAACAGGUCUUAAAGCGAGAAUUUUAAAGGUUCUGCCAUCAACUGGAAAACAGGCAUUACCACUUACAAUGGAACAUUUUCAAUUCGCCUGGAUUGCAUUGAUUGGGGGGUUAUUUUUGGCAACAAUUUGUUUUGUUUUGGAAAAUCUUAUGGAAAUGAUAAGUCGGUUUAGAUUAAGAGUUGUUGUUGUUCAUCAUUCAAAUAAUUAA